CGGCUUCCAAAUUUUACAAAAACAUUUUGAGAGAGCACCAAGUUGAUAAAGCCAACAGUGCACAAAAAACUGAAAAAUAUAAAAAAAAAUUCUAUUGUAACUUCCUGCUGAGAGAAACAGGAAAAUAAAUUGUUAACUGCAGAGUGAUAAACAAGUUAUACUCAAUCCUGCAAACUUUUUUCGUAAACAUUCUGUAUAAGGAAGGGCUAUUUAUCAAAAAUAGAAAAAUGAAACUCCAAACAGUUUUCUUAUUAACACUUCUCUUCCUCGUCAAAAGCGACGAUUCCGAAAACCUGCAGUACAUCUACGACGAGCUCAGCGCCGUCUACGGCCAAUACAGCAACAAAACCUUCUUCCUCACCCCCGACCAAUGGGCAGAAUGGACCCUCCCCAAAGACCCCGGCAAGCGGGAAUCCCCUAAAUCCGGCUACGAUUUCAUCGUCGUCGGCUCUGGUUCAUCGGGUGCUGUGAUUGCCAACCGUCUCUCCGAAAACCCCAACUGGGAAGUCCUCCUCCUCGAAGCCGGUAAAGGCGAAAACUUCUUCAGCCAAAUACCCCUAGUGUGCCCCACCCUCGCCUUCACCCACUACAACUGGGACUUCAUCGCCGAAUACCAACCCAACGUAUCGUUCGGCUUCGAAAACAACCGAAUGAGAUGGCCAAGGGGCCGGGCUUUGGGCGGGACCUCCGUGAUCAAUUUCAUGAUUUACACACGGGGGAAUCGACACGAUUACGACCGGUGGGCGGGACAAGGCAAUCCGGGGUGGUCCUACAGAGACGUGCUCCCUUACUUCAUCAAAUCGGAACGCUCCACGUUGAAUAACCCCCACCCCGGCGUCCACGGAACCAAUGGCUACUUGGGCGUGUCCGACAUCUACCAAUCAGAGAUCUUGCGGGCGUUUAUCGAAGGCGGGAACGAACUAGGCCUGCCUUAUUUCGACUACAACGCCAAUGAAAAAUCGUUUGGGGUGUCGCCAAUACAAGCGACUGUAAAACGUGGGCGGAGACACACCACAGCUCGCGCCUUCCUCCAUCCAAUCAGACACCGGAAAAACUUACACAUGCUCACUAGUGCUUUCGUCACCAAGGUCUUAAUUGACCCAAACACGCGGCAAACUUAUGGAGUUGAAUUCUCCCGAUUUGGGAGGAAAUAUCAAGUUACGGCCUCCAAGGAGGUUAUAUUAUCAGCAGGGACGUUCAAUUCGCCCAAAUUAUUAAUGUUGGCCGGGAUUGGUCCACGUGACCACUUGGCCGAAAUGGGGAUUCCCCUCCUGGAGGAUUUACCAGUGGGGCAAAACCUCCACGACCACUUGACCUACCCGGGAUUAAGCUUCAUUAUCGAUAAACCCCUCUCCCUGUCCGUCCUCCACCUAAUUAACCCCAAAAACAUAAUCGAUUUCCUCUUCAACGGCACUGGCCCUUACACCAGUCUGGGCGGAGUCGGUGGGAUUGGCUACAUAAAAACAAAAGAAUCGCUCGAAGUUGAGGACAUCCCCGAUAUCGAACUACUGUUCCUUGAUGGCUCCCUUAGCACCGACUACGGCCUAUGGAACCGCCGUUGGAUGAACAUCCGUGACGACGUUUACUACCCCGUCUACGGCCCCACCCACAACAUCCCCACCUGGACCAUCUUCCCCAUGUUGCUCCACCCCAAAUCCACCGGUUACCUCAAACUCAAAUCGCGCAACCCCCGCGACUACCCCCUCCUCUACGGCAACUACUUCACAGACCCCGCCCAACAAGACCUCAAAACAAUGCUAGCCGCCAUCCGCUACAUCCAAAAACUGGCCAACACUCGACCGUUUCAAGAAAUGGGAACGCGGAUGAAUCCGAAUCCGAUUCCGGUAUGUGCACACUUGAUUUUCGACAGCGACGCCUACUGGAUGUGCGCCAUAAGGGCUAUAAGUGUGACACUGCACCAUCAAGUAGGCACGGCGAAAAUGGGGCCGAAGGAUGAUCCCACAGCGGUGGUCAACCACGAGUUGAAAGUGUACGGGGUCAAGGGGUUGCGGGUUGCCGAUUGUAGUGUGAUUCCGUUUGCACUAGGAGCGCAUACGAACGCACCUGCGAUUAUGGUGGGGGAAAAGGCGGCAGAUUUGAUUAAGGCGGAUUGGGAGAAGGUGGCACGAUGAGGGUGGUUUUGACAGAGGUGUCAGAAAUGGGAGAGUUGUCCAGUUUAAUGGACGUUGACCAAAGCCAAAAUGUAAAUUUUUACAAAUAAAGAUUCAAUUAGU